UUCCUCGCCCAAAGGGCGUGCUAUAAGGGGGAGAAACGUGUGGUCCAGCUCGUGACCUUUGACUCCUAGCCUCUGACCUUAUGCCCUUUGUGGGGCGGGAUGUGGGGUGGGCCCGAGGCUGUCCCCUAGGGCCGAGGGGGAGGCCGUGGGAAGGACGCCCGUGCUCUGUGGCUCCAUUUGAGCCUCCUCUACUUUUGCCAUGUAGCUCCGGCCCUGUGGUCCUCCCCCCACCCCCACAGCAGGGAGCUGGCACUCGGCAUGCUCCGGGCGGCCCGGGCAGCCUGGGGGGCCGGGUGGUGGGGCUGCCCCCGGCCCCCACUGAGGCCCUGGACCCCCGAGGCCGCUUCCCGGCCCCACUCCUCCCUGACCAUCAAGAUGGGGGAGUAUCGGAAGAUGUGGAAUCCCACGGAGCCCCGGAACUGGGCCCAGCAGUAUCAAGAACGCUUCAUCCCCUUCUCCAAGGACCAGUUGCUGCAGCUCCUCCUUCAGGAAUUCCACUCUAGCUCUUCUGCCAAAGCUGCGCUCCUGGAGUUUGCAUCUCAGGUUGACUUAAGCGUUCUGUAUCAGUAUCACCGCAUCCUAACCCAGCUGCAGGUGCUGUAUGACCCCAUCAAUCCAGACCGGGAAAUUCUGGAGAGGCCCUCCCUCACGGAUCCCCAGCGGCUGGCCAACGAGCGGGAUGUUCUCAGGGCCCUGGAGCCGCUGCUGGAUCAGGCCAACUUCUCCCCGCUGUCAGAGGAUGCCCUGGCCUACGCCCUUGUUGUCCACCACCCACAGGAUGAGGUUCAGGUAACCAUCAAUCUGGACCAGUAUGAUUUCAUGCAGUUCUGGGCCCUGGGCCAGCGAGUAGGGCGGCUCCCCCGCAAGUCCAUGGUGGGCUCAGAACGGGGCUUCUUUACCAAGUCGCCUCCUGCAGAGCGGCGUUAUUUUAAGCGGGUGGUGGUGGCCGCCCGCACGAAGCGGGGUCACCUGGUGCUGAAGAGCUUCAAAGAUACCCCCCUGGAGGGGCUGGAGCAGCUACUCCCAGUAGUGAAGGUGCGGACGCCCACCCUGCAGCGGGCCCUUCUCAACCUGACCCUCCUGGUCUCGGGCCUGGUAUUCUUCGUCAAUGUGGGCAUGGUGGUCCUCUCUGAUCUCAAGGUGGCCACCUCCCUGUUUCUGCUGCUCUUUGCAGUCUUCAUGGCCCGCCGUGCUUCCAAGAUGUUUGGCCAGAAGCGAAAUCUCCAGGCCCUGGAGCUGGCCCACAUGCUCUACUUCCGAAGCACAUCCAACAAUUCGGAGCUGAUCACGGCCCUGGUGCUGCGGGCCCAGGAGGAGCACGCCAAGGAAGUGCUGCUGGCCCACAGCUUCAUGUCCCGUAGGGGGCCUGGGCCUCCCCAGGAGAACGCCAAGUGGCUGCAGAACUCGGUAGAGACCUGGCUCCUAGCCCGCACAGGCUGCGAAGUGACCUUCAAUGGGGCCCGGGCCCUCAGCCACCUGGAAGCCCUGCCCCAAAACAUGCCCCCCAGCCCACCGCCCGAUCUCGGCAAAAGCCUUGCGCCCUUCCAGACUGCCCAGCUCCAGAGAUCCCCGGAGCCUCCUGAGAUCCAGCCGAGCAGAGAAUGAGCGGCCUCACUGGCGCCCAGGAUGGCUGCGACUCCCGAGCCUUCCCGGGGGAUGGAGAAGGGCCCACGGCCCUGGGAGAGCCUGGUGCCCCUCCUCCCUGCGGCCCCUCCCAACGCCCUGAUAUUUGUCAUAUCCACUUCUGCCAAAGCUACCUCGGACUCCAUCCUGCCCCCCACGUGCAAUAGGGAUGUGCCCGUCUGCUCCAGCUCCCCAAAGAAAUAAACCGGAUGCCUCUGCAUGGGGCCUGGGCCGUGCGAGCCCCACCGCAGGCGGACCCUCAGGAAACCCCAGAAAGGCCUCUCUCCGCUUCCCGGAGGACUUCGCCAGGCCCAGGAGGCAGGACUGGGGCGAGCCUCGUGCAGAAGGGACGGCGGGGAGUGCUGGGGUGGACGGGCCACGCAAUGAUAAUCGGAACCGAACCGGGUGUAGACAAAGUUUACUUGAGAGGUUACAAAGCGCUUUAACUGAUUAGAUCUCGUGUAUGGUA